UUCAUCCCUACAACACCACCACGCGCAUCUCAGUUUGGUCCAGUUUGACAUCCUGCACGCUACACGAAUCAAUAUUGUGAUACACCGCACCAAAAUGGAGACUGGAGUACGUGAUCCUAAUAGUGAAUCAGUUGAUGAGUUAAGACAAAGACUAAACAACAUGAAACGCAUGAUGGCUGAACGACAAUCAGCUGGGAUGUCUCUAGAUGAAGGCCAGAAUCGACGCAGAGCCGGAAGUAUCAUCGAUGGAAGUUUCCUCAGUGUUGUUUUUGGUGUAGCGUUGUUAGUCAUCAUCAGCGUGAGCAUCUACGCAUUCUACAACCUUUACCAUGCGAUUCUAAAGAAGUUCCCUUCACAUCACACCGAAUUGUAAUACUUAUCUCAACAGAAGAAUCAAAGUGUCAAAUGUGCUCAAACACAAUUCCUUUACAAAUGUAGGUUUUUUUAUAUAAACAAUUGUUACUUUGA